UGCCCCGAGGUGCAAAACGGAAGAAGUGGCGAAGUGACAACAUGGAGUCUCACUGUGGGAAUCGAACCCUUCACCCGCGGUCUGUUUCCCCAGAUGAGCACCAGAGGACCUGUCGGCGCUGAGGGAAUCGAACCCACGGGUUAGAGCUCGGUAGAUCGUUGCGUUGUCUCCGCUUCUAGAGCCACGCCUCCGUCUCGGAACUGCACUACCGCGUUGUGUGGACGGGCAUUAAGAACCGACGAGACGUGUUCGUGUCUCUGGGACAAACCGAAAGUGGUUCGAGGUAUUUGCUCGUCGGAGGCUGAGCAAGGGGGACGCUUCUGUCCCAGAGACUGGUUCUAAAGACGUCUGUCCCCGGCACAGGGAGAGGGAGGAGGAGGAAGAGGAAGAGGACAGCGGUGGACAUGGGUUCAGGUCAAAGCUUCGAGUCCGUCCCUCGUCGCCUGAAGACGGGGACACAGUCCGGUUCCUCUUCUAAUGAAGACCAGCUGUCCGCUGUUCCUCUGGAGAUCCUGGAGGAGAUCUUACUGAACCUCCCUUACAAGGAGGUGGUGAGUAUUUGUCGGCUGGUGUGCCAUCAGUGGAAAGAAGUGUCCGACAGUGAAUCCUUGUGGAGAGCGAGAUGUAGGAGAGAAGGAUAUCGUCCCAGUGAUCCUUCCAAAAUACCCAACGACUGGAGGUUGUUUUACUUCCUGUGCAAGAAGAGGAGGAAUCUCCUCAAGAAUCCAAGAGGAGAACAUAAAAUGCAGGGUUGGCAGAUAGUGGAGAAUGGUGGCGAUAAGUGGAAAAUAGAGGGAGUCAUGGUGCAACAUCCUGAUGACACAGUCCAGAAAAACUUUGUUACUUCUUACGGAAUGUGCAAGAAGGCCCAGCUGAUUGAUCUGGAGAAGGAAGGCUACAACUCAUCAUUUAUGGAUCACUUCCAGCCAGACAUCAGAAUAUCGGACUGGUAUGCACCACGAUAUGACUGUGGCAGCGAGUACGAGAUCUGUGUUGAGUUGCUGAAUCAGAAGAAGCAGAUGCUCCACACCUUUGCUCCGGAGACCGUUCUCUUCGAGCAGUGGAACGAACGGAAGUGGUACCGGAUGACCCAUGUGUUCCAGAGCUAUGGACCUGGUGUGAGAUACAUCCGAUUCACCCAUGGUGGGAAGGACACACAGUUCUGGGCAGGGUGGUAUGGAAUCCGUGUUACCAACAGCUGUGUGGAGAUAAGUCCAGCAGUGGACUAGUAGCUCUUAUGGAUUUAAUCUAAUGACUGAAAUUGCACAUUCAUAUAUUCCGCCUUAUACAAUCUGUGGUCCUUUUGCAUAUUAGAGGGUUUUAAUAUGUACGGUUAAAAAGCAAUAACAAAACCUCCUCGUGCUGCACCUUAAGAAAACAUACAGUAUAUGACGAUAAAAAAUAUAAGAAAGUGAUUAAACAAUAUAUCUGAAGUAGUUAAGCCAUUUUGAAGCGGAGGCUGAGCAACUAAAAGUUGUUUCAGUUUCAGCAGAAGAGCCAUUACUAUCCCUGAGAACAGGUCAGGUUCACAAUCCACAUUUCACUAGAUAAGCUAACCCCUGAACAACCGUUGGUGUUUUGAGUAUCAUGUGGUUUUAGAACUCGUUAGGGACAGGAAACCAUGUAGCUGAUAGCUAGCUGACGCAGCUUUAAAGGUCAGGCACUCUCCAAACUAACUUUCGUUUCUGUUUGCUUCUCAGUCGUCCUCAUUGAAAUGUGCUGUGAUGAUAUCUGUAGUUAUAUGAAGACAAAGUUGGAAGAUCUCAUGUGAUUCUGUCUGUAAUGGUUUAACACCGUCGCACUUCCUUGGCCCAGCAGCCAUAAUGGAAAUAUUCUUUGCACUCCUCUGUAACGUGUCAGUUGUGAUGUGGAAUAUUCAUAAUAUAAAAUUUUUUUUUGGCUCAGAA